AUGGGGGAUCAGAGUAGAGGUCCUGGCGCAACGGGGACAGGUGACCCCCCCCUCCUCCCCUCCACCAUUGAGGAGAUAUCAUGUGUGGACUCCUUUCAAAACGUCCUUGGAAAAUUAAUCACAUGUAUUAUAGAGACUGUUAACGAUGGUAAACAUGUUACUGCUGCCAACAGAAGAAAGAUCGUUGCGGCUGCCGAGGAAAUCCGCUCAGCAGCCCGCAUAUUACCUGGCGUCAUUGGCGCACCACUCCAGUCGUCUCCGCAAUCUUCCAUCGCCUCCGAUGAUCUUAAAAGGGACAUUAUUGAUGCGGUGCGAAAGGAGAUGACCAGCUUCAAGCAGCAGCUCGCUGCUGCCCACCAGCCAUCACCCAUCAUGACUCAUGCCCAGGCAGUCCGUGCAACUCCUUCUCGGUCUGUAACUUUCCCGACAGCUUCCCCUCCCACCCCUCCCGUCUCCAAACCCGCUCUCAUCGUUUCAUCGAAGAAAGACUCUUCAUCUUCCUCUGAUACGUUAAACUGCUGGAGGAAGAACGUGUCCUUCCGGGACACUAACUUCGCCCCGGCGGGCGUCCACUUUGUCUCGAAUGGCAAGCUGCGCGUCGAGUUCGACCGUCCAGAACAACUGGAGGUCGCCAUGAAGAAGAUUGGGGAGUCCAACCCCGAGAUCCAGGCCGAAGUCUCUCGUAAGUUAAGACCUAUGUUUAUUGUUAAGGGUGUUAGCUCUGAUAUCUCCGCCACUGAUCUUAAAUAUAUAAUUAUUAAUCAAAACGAAAAUAUCAAAGCUAACAUCCGAAACGAAGCCGACGUUGAGUUUAAGUUUAAACGACCCAAUAGAAACUCAAACCUCUAUAAUGCUGUAUUUGUCUCUGCUCCUUACCUUUGGCGUCAUAUCGUUCAAUCACUUAAGCUCAACAUCGACCAUCAACGUGUACACGUUGAAGAUUUCACCCCGCUUUUGCAAUGUUUUAAAUGCUUAAAAUUCGGACACACCCGUAAGUUUUGCAAGACCGAAGAGACUCAUUGCUCCCACUGCGCUGCUUCUAACCACGAGUUUAAAGACUGUCCAGUCAAAAAAGAUCAAUCCAAAUUAACCUGUUUUAACUGCAAAGCUUAUAACAACGAGAAGAACGGUGGAAGCAAGGGGCCUCUAGAUCACGGGGCAGCUUCAGAUGCUUGUCCAAGGAAGCAGUUUAUGGUCGGCCGUACUAAGUCCAAGGACAUACAGGACGAGUUUACAGAUGAGGUCGGGAGGGAGCUCCCCUCCGUAGAGACCAUUAACUCCGCGAACUCACACGAUCUAGAUAUAAUUAUUAAUAAACUUACCUCGACUCUGCAAAGAACAUGCGAUAAAUUCCUCCCCCGGUCCCGUCAUGCCCCUCCCAAAGCUCCCUUCUGGAACGAAAAUUUACAAUUAUUAAAGGAAAAAGUACUUCACGCUCACCACAGGUUGUGCCGAUUCGUACGGCGCAAACUACCCCUUAACGACGUUAUCGCUGAGAGGGAUAGAGCUCGAAAGGAUUAUUCAAUCGCUUUUUGCGCCGCCUCGACCGAACAUUUUAAAGAAUUUUGUACCAGACAAACUAAAGAGGAUGUCUGGUCGGUAACUAAUCGUAUAAUUAAAAUUAAACCCCUCUCUCAACCACCCUCUACCCUCCGUCUCAGUGACGGCUCCUACACCACCUCCACGCACGACACUGCUGACGCUCUAAUUAGAAAUUUUUUCCCCGACGACUCUAAUGACGUAACUGACGCUCAAAUCGCUACUAGGACAUUAAUGAGUCAACCUAUUAAUACACCUCCCGAACCUAAUUUUACUUAUAUUGAAAUACUUAAUGGACUCCGACAAAUGAAUCACAAAAAAGCCCCUGGAAUUGACCACUUGACCUCUGACAUAUGUUUACAGUUUGCUACUUGUUUCCCCGACUUUAUUACAACUUUAUACAAUAGAUGCCUUACUUUAUUAUAUUUCCCUCGUCCCUGGAAACACGCCGUAGUCAAAAUCAUCCCUAAGCCCGGCAAAGAUAAUUACUCUCAACUAUCCUCCUUUCGCCCUAUCGGACUCAUUAAUGUUCUCGGAAAAUUACUCGAAAGACUUAUAAUUGACCGACUUACCUUUCACCUUAAUCGACUACGACUCAGCAAUCCUCGACAGUUCGGGUUUAAACAGCAGACUUCCACUUCUAAAGCUAUCAUUACAGCUUUAGAUUUAAUAAGAUCUAAGAAGGCACGCGGGGAGCACGUUAUCGCUGUGUCCCUCGAUAUCAAAGCCGCGUUUGAUAACGCGUGGUGGCCUGCUGUUUUCGCCCGACUACGACAUUAUGACUGCCCUAGCAAUAUAUAUUAUAUACUCCUCAAUUAUAUACAAAAUAGAACAGUAGGUAUCGACUUUUCCGACAUAUCUGUGACUAAGACUAUGCGCAGGGGUUGCGUGCAGGGUUCCGUAUGUGGUCCCACUAUGUGGAACCUAAUUAUGGACGAACUACUUGACAUUGACCUCCCCACUGGCUGCCAUAUUCAGGCCUACGCUGACGAUGUCCUACUCAUCACUCACUCAUCAUCCCUCUCCGACUUACAGACUAUAACUAACAAUGCACUUGACUUAAUCUAUAACUGGGGUUCAAACGUUAAAUUACGCUUUGGCCCUGAGAAGACAACCCUAACCGCGUUCACCAAUAAAGCAAACUCAGUUAGCGUUAUCAUGAAUAAUGUACAGUUAGAAUUUAUAGUUCAUGGUUUCCGCACUCUCAGCACUAUUACUUCUAUUUCUAUAGCUCAACUCAUCCCUCUCCCUGAAAAGAUAAAGUCCGUCGCAACCAUCGAAACCUCUAAACACCUUGGUUACUCCUCUUUCCUUCCCUCUGAUAUUCCACUAGAAAAACCCUCUCCCCCGUCGUCUCUAUUACAUCCGUCCCUUCGCACCCCUAUCACCUUCACCGAGAUUAGCUCGAUGGAGGAAUUCUCAUCCCUUAGCAUAAAUUAUUCCUACCAUAUAUUCACAGAUGGCAGUAAACACGAUGGCGUUGUUGGCGCGGCAUUUGAUCCAUGCGAAGUUUACGUCACUAAAAAAUUUAAAUUACACCCCUCCUGUUCUGUAUUUCAAGCUGAAAUGCUUGCAAUCCACAAAGCAUGCGAGUGGAUUGCCUCCAAUAGUAAUAACAUUAACUCCUGUAUCAUUUUCUCAGACAGUAAAUCUUCUUUACAAGAAUUAUCAAACCCAUAUUCAUAUAAUACUUUUGCCGUUAACAUCUUUCACCUCCUACAUACUUUAUCGUCUAGUAAUAUUAAUGUCGGCUUCGCAUGGGUCAAGGCACACAUAGGCAUAGCUGGCAAUGAGAUCGCUGACAUUGCUGCGAAAUCUGCUGCCUCCCUUCAUAAAUCACCUGACUUUAUCCACACCCCUAUUUCCCACAUUAAACUCCGUUUACGCGACUCACUUAUGGACUCUAGGAAAUCAUUCUACGAACAACCCCUUACCUCUUGUCAUACUAAAAAAUACCUUCCGACAUUUGAUGACCUCUCCGCAUUCCUCUCCCUUCCCUCCAGGGAGUCCGGGUUCGGCAGCCUCGCCGGGGAUCGCCCUCGGACGGGGGCAUCGGGGACGGAAGAGCGGGUCGCGGCAGAAGUGGACGGAACCACCCUACCUGGACCCUUUGGUCCCUUCUUCUUCGCCGCCGCAGCGGCCGCAGGAAGGUCCCUGCCUCUUCCGUCUGCCGCCAAUGGCGGCCUGAGAUUGGUGAGGGAAUGGAGGGUCGAGGAGGCACUGACCAGCUCGGACCACAACGCCAUUCUGUUUGAGUUAAAAGAAACCAAAUUGAAAGGGGUAACGAUGGAAAGAACAACGAGGAUCUACAACACAGGGAAGGCGCACUGGACUAAUUUUCGUGAGAAAAUUGGCCAGCUGCUAGAAAGGGAAAAGAUGAGUGCAGAAAGCAUAGAGAAGAUAGUCAAGGAGAAUGAGUUGAACAGGGCGGUUGAGAAGUAUACAGAAAUGAUUAAGAAAGCAUGUGAAGAAAACAUACCAAAGCUAGGAAAGACUAAGAAACUUACCGUACCGUGGUGGACCCAGGAACUGGCAGAAAUGAAGAAACAGGUCAAAACUAAGAAAAGAAGAAUCAGGUGCGCAGCAGCAUCUCGAAGACCGAAAGUGGUAGAAGAAUACCUGAAAAUAAAAGAAGAAUACGAAGUUAAUAUAAAAGACGCAAAAUUAAGAAGUUGGAAAGAAUUUUGUAGUAAACAGGAUAGGGAAGGGAUGUGGGAAGGAAUAUAUAGAGUGAUCAAAAGGACAGAAGUUAGAAAAGAGGAUGUGCCUUUAAUAAAGGAAGGAAAAGUGCUGGGGAUGGAAGAGUCUGCAGAAUUAUUAACGAGAACCUUUUACCCUGAUGAUGACGAGGGCGAAGAUAAACAGGUGCACAAGGAAACAAGGGCAAAAGCGCGGUUGGUGAACGAGGGCCCCGGUGACGACCGUCCGGAGCCUCCGUUCACAGAACAUGAGCUGGGAAUGGUCCUGAGCACAUUUAACCCCAAAAAAGCACCUGGACGAGACGGACUGACCCUGGACAUCUGCAGGGAAGCAAUUAUGGCCGAACCGACACUUUUCCUCGCGCUCAUAAAUAGGUGCCUCACAAUAGGACACUUCCCCACCAUCUGGAAGGAGGCCACCGUGGUGAUACUUCGGAAGCCGGGUAGGACGGACUACACAACUCCGAAGGCGUACCGACCGAUUGGCCUGCUUCCAGUGAUGGGGAAGAUUGCGGAAAAACUCUUUGUGAGAAGAGCAAGCUGGCACAUCAUGCCAAAAUUGAGCGCGAGGCAGUACGGGUUCAUGCCGCAACGUAGCACCGAGGACGCCCUCUAUGACCUGUUGAGCCACAUAAAAAACUCUCUUCGCGAAAAGAAGAUCGCAGUAUUGGUCUCACUCGACAUAGAGGGCGCCUUCGACAGCGCAUGGUGGCCGGCCAUAAGGUGCAGACUGGCGGAGACGGGAUGCCCUAAAAAUUUGAGGAGGGUCUUCGAUGGUUACCUGAAAAAUAGGAAAGUGAAAUUGAGGUACGGGGGGAGCGAGAUAGAGAGGAAUUGUAUGAAAGGUUGCGUGCAAGGAUCCAUAGGGGGCCCAAUACUAUGGAACCUGUUGUUGGACCCCCUACUGCAAGGCCUUGAAAGAAAGGGAGUCUGCGCCCAGGCAUUCGCGGAUGACGUUGUCUUGGUCUUCGACGGCCACACUGCCCGGGAGAUCGAAGGGAAGGCCAACGCAGCCCUCGCCUAUGUUCGGGAGUGGGGCGUCAUGAACAAGCUGAAGUUCGCACCACACAAAACCAAAGCUGUGGUUGUGACUAAGAAGCUGAAGCAUGAUACCCCACGACUGAGCAUGGGCGGGGAGGGCAUUGAGGUGGUGAGAGAGGUGAGGCUUCUCGGACUAAUAAUAGACGAGAGCCUCACCUUCAACACCCACGUCAAAACCAACUGUGCGAAGGCCCACCGGAUCUUCCACCAGCUGGCAAGAGCGGCAAAAAUUAGCUGGGGCCUCGACACGUCAAUCAUCAGGACCAUCUAUACUGCAGUCAUAGAACCCGUCCUGAUGUAUGCCGCGGGUGCAUGGGGGCAGGCUGUAAGUAAAAAGUGUGUAAGAGUUCAGUUUGACAGAAUUCAGAGAGUGUUUUUACAGAGGAUAUGUAAGGCGUACAGAACCGCAUCGCUACACUCAGUGCAAAUCCUCACAGGUAUUUUACCCAUUAACCUGAGGAUUGAGGAGGCGGCGGUCCUGUACAGGGUGAAAAGAGGUCUAAGUCCCCUCCCGUAUCUCGACGCGGACAUAGAGACAAGAGUUAGACCAAACGAACUCCCUCACCCUGCUGACGAGCCGCGUCUGACGUUUGACCAAUACAGCCUGGAACUGGGACUUGACGAACAGACAGACGCUACAAAUAUAUACACCGACGGUAGCAAGACUGUGACGGGGUGGGUGCCGCAGUAG